AUGGAUUCAGAUUCAUCAAAAAGUAAACCAUCAUCAAUUACAUAUGAAACUACAGAAGAACUGCUUGAACUUACUGAUGAACAAGUACAACGUCUCAAUCAAGUGGGAGAAAUUCAUCCAUUAGAAAACCUUAAACAAAAACUCAAAGAUGCUGAAGAACGAUCAUCAAAAUUGAUUAGCAGUGCCACUUCUUACAUAGGUGUUGGAUAUUUCGUUAGUUUUUCAAUGAAUGUUUCUUGUUGUCAAAUACCUGAAAGAUUUUGUACAUGUUUACUUGGCGGAAGUAGUGGAUAUGAUGCUGAGAUCACGUUUGAAAAAUUCUGCAAUGAAAAACCAGCAAAAUUAUAUAAUUUCGAUGAUUGUUUGAAAUUAUUUUGCAAACAAGGACGGAUUCGAAAACUUGAAUUUGAAUUAUGA